CGCAUGUUUCGACUAUAUCAUAGUCACCAAACCCGCCCCAACAUCAUGGCACCGUACAUGGAAUCCCCCGAGUAUCCUUCACUAGCGAAAUGAGCAUCGUGCCCCUAGAGAUACAGGAGGCUAUCGGCUCCGACGAUAUUGACAAACUCCUGAAAUUGCUUCGCGUACAUCCAGAACGAAGCUACGAAGAACUACAAGACUCUCUAGAGACAGCGAUAUCGACAGGAUCUCUGCAAGUGAUCAAGACUCUCCUCGAUCACGGCGCUACACUCACGAACGUGUCAUACAACGCGUUGUUUACUAGAGCAGAGCCUGCUGUGUUCAAGCAACUUAUCGACCACGGCUGGGAUAUCAAUAGCACGGAAUUUGAGAGGCCGCCUGCACAGUAAGUACCUACUUGGGUUCACUCACGGUCUUACUCACAUGGUCAUAGCCGAGCGCUGCAUAAUGAAAGCCUAUUACGUUGGCUACUUGAUAACGGCGCGAAUCCAAAUAUC